ACAAAGGAAACUUAAGUCUUUAAUCUCCAGAAUCCUCUGCUAAAUAAUAAGAGUAACAUGUACGUGGUGAAGCGCGAUGGAUGGGUGGAAACUUUUGACUUGGAGAAGAUUAAAGUGCGACUUAAGAAGCUUAGCAGUUACCAUUGUAACCCGCUCCUCGUUGCUCAAAAAGUCUCUGCUCGUUUCUACAAUGGAAUCACCACGACUCAACUCGACGAAUUGGCUGCUGACGCGGCUGCUUCCAUGUCUUGCAACCAUCCUCAUUAUGCCUACCUUGCUGCUAGGAUUGCUGUCUCAAAUCUUCACAAGAACACUAAGAAUUCAUUUUCUGAGACGGUUGCAGAAAUAUACCACCGUGUCGAUGAGACAUCUGGACUCAAGGCUUCUCUAAUAGAUGAGCAUGUAUCUAGGAUAGUUAUGGAGAACGCUGCUCGUCUGGAUAGUGAAAUCAUAUAUGACCGUGAUUUUGAUUAUGAUUACUUCGGGUUUAAAACGCUUGAGAGGUUGUAUCUCUUGAAAGUCAAUGGGAAAGUUGUUGAAAGGCCUCAACACAUGCUCAUGAGGGUUGCUGUUGGCAUCCACAUGGAAGAUAUUGAUUCCGCAAUAAAAAGUUACCAUUUGCUGUCUCAGAGAUUGUUCACUCAUGCGUCUCCUACUCUCAUCCAUGCAGGAACUCCAAAGCCUCAAUUAAGUAGCAGCUUUCUUAUCUGCAUGAAAGAUGAUAGCAUCGAGGCCACACUCCAAAAGUGUGCUGCUGUAAGCAAAUCUACUGGCAGUAUUAGUGUUUCAGUUCAUAACAUUCGGGUCACAAAUGGCAUUGUUCCAAUUCUGGAUGAUGUUGCUCAAGGAGGAGGACCCUUUGUUGUAUACAUGGAGCCAUGGCAUGCUGACAUCUUUGAGUUUAUAAAGCUCCAGAAGAACCACGGAAAGGUGGAGGAGCAUAUGGCUAGAGCUCUCUGGAUUCCAGAUCUUUUCAUGGAGAGAGUCAAGAGUGAUGGGAAGUGGUCACUGUUUUGUCCUAAUGAAGCUCCAGGAUUGGCUGAUUGCUGGGGCCUAGAUUUUGAGAGACUUUACACAAAGUAUGAAAGAGAGGGAAAGGCCAAGAAGGUUUUUGAGGCGUUGGACCUUUAUUUUGACAUCUUGACAUCUCAGGUAGAAACAGGAAUGCCAUACAUGCUUUUCAAGGAUUCAUGCAACAGAAAAAGCAAUCAGCAAAAUCUUGGUACCAUAAACUCCUCCAGUUUAUGUACUGGAGUUAUUGAGUACACUAGUCCAACAGAAACUGCUGUUUGCAAUAUUGCGUCGAUUGCUUUGCCCAGAUUUGUUAGGGAGAAAGACAUCCCAUUGGAGUCUCAUCCAUCUAUGCUUGCUGGCAGUCUGCGCUCAAGGAGUCGUUACUUUGAUUUUGACAAGCUAGCCGAGGUAACUGCUACUGUUACUAAUGAUCUCGAUAGGAUAAUAGACAGAACCAACUAUCCUGUGGAGACUGCAAAAACUUCAAACAUGCGUCAUAGACCUAUUUGUAUUGGUGUACAAGGUCUUGCAGAUGCAUUUGUCCUACUUGGAAUGCCAUUUGACUCUCUACAGGCCAAACAACUAAAUAUGGAUAUAUUCGAAACCAUAUACUACCAUGCACUCAAUGCAUCUUCAGACCUUGCUGCAAGAUAUAAUGCGUAUGAGACAUACAAAGGAAGUCCCAUGAGCAAGGGGAUUCUUCAACCUGACAUGUGGAAUGUGACUCCAUCAAACCGCUGGGACUGGGAUUUUCUUAGGGACAUGAUAUCAAAGAAUGGAGUGAGGAACUCUCUUUUAGUAUCACUGAUGCCAACUGCUUCAACCAGUCAGAUUCUCGGGAACAAUGAAUCUUUCGAGCCAUAUGCAUCAAACAUCUACAGCCGCAGAGGAUUGAGUGGGGAAUUCAUACUUGUAAAUAAGCAUCUUCUUCAUGAUUUGACUGAAAUGGGUCUUUGGACUCCAACACUGAAAGAGAAGGUCAUUAUUGAGAAUGGUUCGAUAUGUAAUGUCCCUGAGAUACCUGAUGACUUGAAAGCUAUCUACAGAACUGCAUGGGAGAUUAAACAAAAAACCGUGGUUGACAUGGCUACUGAUCGUGGAUGCUACAUAGAUCAAAGCCAGAGCUUAAAUAUACGCUUGGAAGAACCUACCCACCGAAAGCUCAGUUCCUUACACUUCUAUGUUUGGCGUAAGGGUCUGAAAACUGGGAUGCACUGCCUGAUGACUGACCCUGCGAUCAAGAAAGUAAAUCCUGCGAUCAAUUCGUCUACAACGGCGCUGAUCUAUUCAUCUUCUUCAGGAAGAAGAAGCAUCUUCCCACACCAAGAACCAUUGCCGUUGUAUCGUACUUCACCACCGUGA